AAAAAAAAUUAAGGCUAAGAGCUGAAUCGCCUGGAAUGGAAGCAGGCGUGGAUGGUUCUUGGACUUGGUGUGUAGGACCAAACAUAAUGAUCACAAGAGACAAAACUAGAAUCUCUGUACGAUCUUUUAUCUAUUGCAUGAUCUUUCACAAGACUCCAAAAUGGAAUCCCUCCUUGUUAAACAAACAAGAACCCAUGAUCCGCGUUGAUGGCUCCCUCUUUCCCAAUGACCCCAAUGUAACACCAACCAUAAACCCAAGAUUCAAGAAUCAUUACAACCCAACAAAAAGCUACUCCCUUUUCUUUUCUCGGUUUCUGAGAAAAACAAGAGCUUCAGGCCAUGGCCUCAAUGCGUCGUGUUUCUCUUUGCAAGGCACAAGGGUCCCCUUCUUUUUCCACCUCAUUGUUAUCAUCGCCUACGGGUUCUCUUCCUAUCCGAGCUCCUAUUACCCCUGGCAAUGAUUCUUCUGAGUUUGAAUAUAAUAGUCAUACUGACCAGGCUUAUAGUUAUACUAGCAGUAGUAUUGAUAAUGGGUCUGAGUCCGAGGAGUAUGUUAGUGGUGAGGAGUUUGAAAGUGCAUCAGAGAAGCUUUUUGCAGGUGACCCAGAUGAGGAAAACCCUGAGGAGAGUAACUUUUUGGACAAAUAUCAACUGUCUAGGCCUUUUGUACCCAACUCAGAUGAAGAAAGUUUGGGAAAUUCCGUUAUAGACGAGGAGGAGAGAGGUGUUACUGAUGAGCAUAACCCUGUUGUUGAAUCCGAUUGUCCCGGUAUGCAGCGAGUUAUGCCUGUUGCCCAAUUGUCCAUGGAUGACGAUGUUUUUGAGGAUUUAAUGCGUGAUGAGGGACUGAUGAGUGGUGAAACGGGAGAUGGCAAGUUUUCAGCUAUUGCUAGUGCACCUAGAGUCAAAGUGUCGGCUGCUGAAGAGGAUAAAGUUGAGUUAUUGGUGAAAAGAGAUUCAUCUAUUGUGAACGAGAUUGAGUUGCUACCAAUUGGAGAUUAUGAGGAUUUGGUUUCUGGCAAUUCUUUUGGAGCAGAAGACCAUGGUGUUCCAGGUAAAGAAGAUGGUAAAUUUGCAGGAAAAGGAUCUCCUAAUGGUGCUGUUUCGGUUGAAUUGACCAAGGAUGAUUCCCAUGUGGUUAUAUCGGAAGCUGAAGUUGAGCCUUCGGUGGAAAAUAAAGAGAAUUCAGAAAUGAAAGAAAGAUUUAAGCAUGUUGUUGAUGAUCCUUUUUCAGUUGAUUUGGUUGAGGAUGAUGGUCAAGUCGUUGUACCAGAGGCUCCUAUUGAGUUUUCCAUGGAGAGCAAAGAUGGAGUCUUGGAGAAAAAUUCUCAAAUGGGUGACGAUGCUAAGCAAUUUCUUGAAGAAAGGUUGCAACUUAACAAUUUGGAGCAGGGAAAGAAUGAUUUUAUAAAUCAUGUAUCUGAUCUAUGCGGUGCCAGCCAGAUAAAGGAACAGAUUGCUGAAGAAAUUAAUGGUUGUGGUGAUUCCUAUGAGAGUGAGUUGAAUCAAGCUGAUAACAUUUUGCCAGAUAUAGGAGAACUGAAGGUUGAUGCUGUCCUGAUAAAGCAACAGAUGAGUGAAAAAGUCAAGAGUUUUAACAAUACCUUUGUUAAUGUAGUUAACCCUGAUGAUGAGUCCAUUCAGCAACUUGUGUCAGAACCUCAAGAAGUGAAAGUGGAUGUCAUGGGAGUGGAGGCAAAAAAUGCUACAGAUUUCGUGAAGGGUGAUCAGGGCUGUGUCUUCAAUAGAAGUCUUGCUCUUGAUAAAGGCAGUGAGGGUGAGAAACUAGACCGUAAGUGUAAAUCGGGGCCCGAAACUGCUAUGAAAGUUGAAUCUCUUGCACUUGAAGAUGCCAUCAGAGUUGAAUCUGGAGAUAAUGCAUUUGAGAUUAAUGAAAUUCAGACUCUGGAUUUGUUGGGGAAUGGUGAUUUGCCUGAAAUAUCUGGAGAUGAUAAAUUGGGAGAAGCCUCUCAGGGAGAUACGAAUUCCCUUGGUAUUAGAGAUGAAGCAAACCAUGAUUCAGAAAAGAUAGGAGGGCAAAAAGGUUUGCUUUCUGAAGAAGAUAUUGAAGAAUUGAUAUUUGGAGGCUCUGGGAGUGUUGAGAAUAUCAUAGGUGAAUUGCAGAAAAGUUCAGCCUCCUCUCCUUUUCCAGUGGCUGAUGAUUUCCAUGAUCAUCAAGAGGGAAUUGAUGGGCAGACUGUUCCCGACUCAGAUGAAAAAUUGGAGACAGAUAAGGAGCAUGAAACAAAGGAAGUAUUUGACUCUGCUGCAUUGGCUCUUUUGAAAGCAGCAACUGGAGUUGAGUUGGAUGGAGACAGUAUCGCUGCAACUUCUGCUGAUUCCAGAGUAUUUUCUGUUGGGCAUCCUGCUGGUUCAGGUUCCAAAUUUGACACUACAAACCUAGCUUCACAAUCGGGUAUGGUCAAGGAUGUUGUGAAUAAUAAUACAGGUGAGGAAGAACAGAAGAUGAUUGAAAAGAUACAACACAUUAGGGUGAAGUUCUUGAGGCUUGUCCAGCGACUUGGACAUUCUCCUGAAGAUUCAAUAGUUGCACAAGUGCUACACAGGUUGGUCCUAGCUUCAGGUUUGCAUGUUAGCCAAGAAUUUACCCUCGAAGAUUCUAAGAAAAUGGCCACGCAGCUUGAAGCUGAGGGCAAAGAUGAUUUAGACUUCUGUUUGAACAUUUUAGUUAUUGGAAAAAGUGGAGUGGGGAAAAGUGCAACCAUUAAUUCUAUUUUUGGCCAGAAGAAAGUCAUGAUCAAUGCAUUUGAACCUGCCACAACUAGAGCUGAGGAGAUUGUGGGAGCAAUAGAUGGCGUUAGGAUCAGAAUCCUUGACACCCCAGGUCUCAGAUCCCCUGUGAAGGAAGAAGCUACCAACAGGAAAAUAUUAGUAUCUAUAAAGAAGAUAACGAAGAAGUUCCCUCCAGAUGUUGUCCUUUAUGUUGAUCGGCUAGAUGAUCACACAAGAGACCUUAAUGAUUUUCUAUUGUUAGCGUCACUCACAAAUUCUCUCACUCCAUCAGUAUGGCGAAACGCCAUUGUCACCCUGACCCAUGCAGCGGCUACUCCUCCUGAUGGGCCAUCUGGAUCACCGUUAAGUUUUGAGGUGUUUGUUGCUCAACGAUCGCACAGUGUUCAGCAGGCUAUCAGCCAAGCAGUUGGUGAUCUGCGUCUAAUGUAUCCAAGUAUGAGGCAUCCAGUAUCUCUUGUUGAGAAUCAUCCGUUGUGUGAAAAGAACAAACAAGGACAAAGAAUCCUCCCUAAUGGACAAAGUUGGAGAUCCCAAUUAUUACUUUUGUGCUACUCAUUGAAGAUUUUAUCAGAAGUGAGUUCUAUAACCAAGCCUGUAGAUCCUUUUGAUUACAAUAAGCUGUUUGGCUUACAGCUACGUCCUCUGCCUCUGCCCCACUUGGUGUCAUCUCUAUUGCAGUCUCGCCCUCAUCCAAAACUCACUGCUGGGCAGGGUGGUGAUGAUGAUGAUUCAGAUAUGGAUUUAUUUGAUUCCGAUGAAGAAGAUGAGUAUGAUCAACUUCCAUCUUUCAAGCCUUUGAAGAAAUCUCAGGUUCAUAAGCUUAGCAGAGUGCAAAGGAAAGCAUAUUUUGAUGAGUAUGAUUAUCGGGUGAAACUCCUUCAAAAGAAGCAGUGGAUAGAGGGGGUGAAAAAGUUGAAGGAGCUCAAGAAGAAAGGCAAAGAUAGUAGAAGUGAUCGUGACUACACUGGGGAAGAUGUAGACCAGGAAGAUGGAGGUCCAGCAAGUGUGCCAGUUCCCAUACCCGAAUUCGUCCUCCCGCCUUCGUUUGACAGUGACAGUCCUUCUUAUAGGUACCGAAUGUUGGAGCCUACAUCACAGCUUCUUGUGAGACCAGUUCUGGACUCACAAGGCUGGGACCAUGACUGUGGGUAUGAUGGUGUUAGUCUUGAAAGAAAUCUUGCUAUUGCUGGUCAGUUCCCAGGUGGAUUUGCUGUUCAAAUCACAAAGGACAAGAAAGAGUUUAAUAUCCACUUAGAUUCCUCAAUUUGUGUAAAGCAUGGAGAAAAUAGAUCAACAAUGGCAGGAUUUGACAUCCAGACUAUUGGAAGGCAGCUUGGAUAUAUCCUCAGAAGCGAAACCAAAUUCAAGAAUUUUAAGAUAAACAAUACUUCUGCUGGGAUAUCCAUUGCUUUGCUGAGCAAAAAUGUGGCCACAGGACUGAAAAUUGAGGACCAGAUUGCUAUUGGAAAGCGCUUGGCUUUGGUGGGAAAUGCUGGGGCUGUAAGAUCUGGAGGUGAUACAGCAUAUGGAGCCAACUUCGAAGUUCACCUCAAGAGCAAAGAUUUUCCUGUAGAGCAGGAACAAUCCACAUUAGGCUUGUCUCUGAUGAAUUGGAGAGGUGAUUUGGGUGUACUGGCCAACUUAGACUCUCAGUUCUCCAUUGGUCGGAAUUCAAAAAUGGCUAUCCAUGUUGGAAUGAAUAACAGGCAAAGUGGACAGAUCACCAUCAAGACCAGUAGCCCAGAACUGCAAGUUGCCGUCGUCAGUAUUAUUCCAAUGGCAAUAUCCAUCUUAAAGAGUAUUUACCCUGGUGAUGCUGCAAGAAACUCAAAUAUGCUGCAUCAUUAGGGGUGCUUCUAUGGCAUCUACUAUUCUCAGUAGCCAGUUGGAUUUUGAAGGGUUAAACAUUCAGCAAGGGCUAGUUAUCAAUUUACUGGCCUUGAUUAUCAUGACAACUAUGCUCAAUCAGCAGGACAUUUUAAGUUAAUUUUGUAGAUUUGAUGAGCUGUUAAAUAAUGAGAUGAAGCCUGCCUAUAGAUGUGUUA